UUGUGCCUUUUAGGACGGAUUCUUCUUAUCAAUGUCACCUGCUCCUUUUAUAAGUUUCUCCACAUUAUAUACCCACCCUAAGCCUGAGCCUCAAUCCUCCAGAGUCCAGAUAUUAUAUAAACUGGAAGAAGGCAAAAAGAUAGCUUUCCUUACUUCUUAUCAAUGGAGAAGAACCGAAUAUGCAGGAUCUGCAACAGACGUUUCGCCAAUGGCAAAGCCAUGGGAGGCCACAUGAGAUCUCACUUAGCUAAGUUACCCUUACCUCCAAAACCCAUCUCAUCACAACUAUACCCGUCUCCAAAAUCGCCGUCGCCUUCGUCAUCUUCUUCUUUUAACUAUCCUUUAACCGAUCAAAACCCCAUGCAGUCCUACCGAUCCGUUAACCAUGAACUCCCUUUCAUGUCAAAAGCCAAUCUUGCUAAUGAUGGAGAAAGUGAGACUGAGUCGUCACCCAGGAAUAACAACCCAACUCGGAGACGAUCCAAAAGACGGCGCAAAUCGGCCGAGAAAGUAGCUGAAUCGGUGUUGAAAUCGGCUGAGUCACCAGAACAGGUAAGUUCUAUAUCCUCUGAUUUUUUCAACGAGGAAGAUGUUGCUAUGUGUCUUCUUAUGCUUUCGAGGGAUAAACGGACAAUAGUAAAACAAGUAGCUUAUGAUCAUAGUUAUACAAUUCAAGAGUAUCGCGACGAGAUAGAAGACGAAGAUGAAACUUUUGAAGAUGAUGAUGAAUCCUUUGGUCUGAUUCAUGUUGGAUCUAAUAAAUCACAAGGCAAAUAUAAGUGCCAGACAUGCAAGAAGCGAUUUCGAUCCUAUCAAGCUUUGGGAGGACACAAGGCGAGCCAUAAAAAGAUGAAAACACAUGAUCUAUACGUGGAAGGUAGCGGCAGUGGCAGCCGAAGUGGUGCGGUUAUGGCUAUUGAUCAACCUAGAAUUUUUAAAUGCCCAUUCUGUGAUAAGGUGUUUGAUUCUGGUCAAGCACUAGGAGGGCAUAAAAAGGUUCACUUUUCCUAUCUUGGAAAUAAUUGCAACUCUAAUAAUAAUAGUGAUACUAAGAUUUCAGUUAAAUUUACAGAUGAUUUGUUAGAUUUGAAUUUACCAGCUCCAGAGGAUGAUGGUGAAGUUAGUCAAGAGCUUUCAACACUUUCCAAGGCAUAUCAUCUGAGGAAUUGAUGCAUGGAAAGGAGGUUGUUUGAUGCUUAGCAUGAAACACAGCCGUGUAUAAGUUUUUUUCUUAAUGGGUUCUUGUGCAUAUGUUGUUUUCUAUUGUCUUUUUAAACUUUAUACAUUGGAUUAAUGUUUUGAAUUAAUUUGGAGAAUUUACCUUUGUUAAAUCUUUUACUUAA